AUGUAUGAGCGCGUCAGCAAGGUUUUUGAGAAGCAUCCCUAUGGCGUCGCAAUAUUCGACACUGACAACGAUGGAGAUCUCGAUUGUCUGACCGCCGUCCGAACAAAAUUUCACAAGGAUGGACCGACUGCUGAUUACGUCUGGGUUCUAAAGGGUCUGAAUGGUCAUGUGAAAAAGAACAUCACCGUGCACUACGAGAAAGGAGACGCACCCGACAAGGCAUUCGUCACUAUCGAUGAUGCUGAUGGUCAAAAGGAGGAAGCAAGAGCCUUCUAUGCAGACUACCAGACCUGCGCCGUGUUGGACACGCCAUAUAACGGCAAUCCACAUUGCAUGUUAUGGACUACGGACGAAGUCAAAGACAAUGUUCCCAGCAAGUGUACCGAGCAAUUUCAAAAGAACUGUGGUGUAGAAGUUAUGGCCUACGAUAAGGAGUCUUGCAGUCAAGUAUAAUGGGACGGACCCGGAGAAAUGGCAACUGGCUUAGGAUGCUACGUAUUGCUUGUGUAUUUGUAUAGUCAACCGAAAAUAAAAUGCUA